CUAUAUAGCUUAAUAGCUUAAAGCUUAACGUAAACAGUAAACACACUAGACACAACAUAAAACAGUAAAAUAAUAUUCUGCAUAAAUAAUAAUGUCUUUACUAUUUUGAGUUUUGGUAUUAUUGAUUUUUCACAUUCAUGCGCGUUCCGAGUUUAUACAAAGACACGGAGUUCUCAUCAAUUUUAGUUAAUGGUUUUUUAAUUUGACUCUGUUUUGUUAGACGAAUUGGGGUUUUGUCAGAUUCUCGUAAUUUACUUAAGUACACAUUCGACGACAUAUAAGUUCUUAUUUUAUAUCGAUAUUGUGAUAAACGUACUGGUGUGCUCUACUCACGGCUAUUUUAUAGCCGUGACUCUACUUCCACUACCCUCUACAAAUGAUAGGUCAUCUCGUUGGUUAAAGAUUAAGCUGGUUCUAUGUGCUAAGAUAAGUAUGAUAAAAAAAGUUUAUAAAUCCAAUUUUGACGCAGAACCAGAAAUCGGUGAACAUGAAGUCAGAUAUUCAGCAUAUGUUAUCAAAUCAACAAAAAAAUCUAGAUUAUCACCUGAAAGAAGACCAUUUUUGCCAUAUGGCGUUGGUCCAAUUGUUGACUGUGAAAUUGAUGAUGAUAGUGGAAAACCUGAUUAUUUAAGUUACAGUAUAAUGCCAAAGGAGAAUAAAGAAACAAUAACAAAAGAACAAACAAAAGAAUUAAAACAAACCAAAAAAACACAAAAUUCAGAAUUAUCCCUUGAUCAUGUUUAUAAGGUAAUACGUGAAUUAAAACUACCAACAUUUCAAAGGAUUAUAAAACAAAAUAAAUUUGAAUUAAUACGAAUAGCAAAACGCCGUCCAGAUCGGUAUCAUUUAUAUGUAGCUAAACUAUUGCUAAGAACCAUAUUUAAUCCUGUUCAAAAAGUUUGGAUAUAUUCACAAAUAAGGGAAGUACUAAAUAUCCCACCUCAUGAAUUUGCAAGCGUUAAAUAUGUAUACACAGUGUUAGCACCAGAAGUAGCGCUAAUGGUUUUAAAGAAUAAAUUCAAAUGCUUUGCUAAAAUAUGUGAUGAAAAUCAAUUGAAUACUUUGUCACUUUUAAAUAGUACAUUUUUUGAUGACCGAUUUGAAAAAGAUUUACAUUGUCGAACCUAACAAAAUAAUAAUGUAUUAUAAUUAUUAUAUAUUGUAUGAUUUAGGUAUUUUUUUUUUUUAUCAUCUAAGUAAACAAUAUGUAAUUAAUUGGUAUAUAUUUAUUUUUAUAAAAUUAUAUUCCUUUUGAUUGUAAGUAGAAAAAUAUAUUGAUUUUCAUUAGACGUACCUACUCAGAAAGCAUUGGGGAAUAAUUCAUUUUAAAUAUCAGCUAUUAUACCUAUUGAUACCCUUUAAAUAUGCUUAUAAUAAUAAAUUUCAUAAUGACAUUUUUAUAAAAAAAAAAAUAUGUUUUAACUGUUUUUCUUAAUUAUAGUCUAUUAUUCAGAAGAAAAAAAUAGUGAAUUUUGAUAUUUUUUUGUCAAGUUUUUUCAAAAAUUCAACAUUUUCAACUGAAAUGCUUUGAAAUGUUUAUUUAAUAAUAUAGUAUUACUAGCAUAGUAAUGAGAAUGACUGAUUAGUAUUUAUUACAAACAACUAUAAAAUGCUUGAAUUUUUGGCAAUUUAUAUUUUUAUUUUUAUUUAAAAUUUAAUUUUUAAUUAUGCUUUGUAAAUUUCUAAAAUACCUAAAACCAAUGGUAUAACCCGGGUGGGGGAGUUUAAGGGGUUUUUCUAGUUGCGCCACUUCCUAGAACCAAUUAUGAGGAACCUUGUAUUAAAUUGUUUUUCCAAAUUAUGAAAAGUUUUGGACAUUUUUUACUUUUGACUUACCUAUUUUAUAGUUUAUCUGUACUUUAAUUAUAGGCUGUCAUUCUGACUAUAUUAUUAAUUUUAUUCUUUUCCGUGUUCCUGGUUUUACUUGUGAUUAUUAUCAUUUUAUAGAUUGCAGAAAUAGGUAAACACUAUUGCUACUAAAUACCAAUGUUUACAUAUUAUACAUUUAUAUUAUUCAAUAAGUUUUUUAUUUAUUUUUUAACCUUUAAGUACUUAUUUUUUAGUAAAAUACUAAAAUAUAUUAUAAUUUAUAAUCUAUGAGUAGGUAUAACACUUUUAUAUUAAAGUUAUACCUAACUGAUAACUUACUAAAACAAUGAAUCUAUAGUUAGGUAACUUCUAUACCUCUACUAAUUUAAUUUGUAAUUUGUAAAAAUAAACAUAUUUAUUAUUAUUUAUAAAAUAAAUAACAUUGUAAGUGUUCGAAUUAUUGCGUGUUGCAUGUAAUUCAUAGAAUGUUAUUUAGGUACUGGUGUAUGAUAUUUGUAAUUUGUAUAAAUUGACUAGUGACUAUUAAGGCAAUUUCUUCAAUCAAUCCAAUAUCAACCUCUUGAAUCUGGUCGAAAAAAUACGCAUCAUAUUUUGUUUAGGUACCAAUUAGUAAUUAGUAAUUACCAAUGUUAUCACUUCCUAUUAUAUUAUUAAUAAGUAUUGUCAUAAAUAGGAAAAUACAUACAUAAAUAAUUUAUUAAAA